AUGCCGGGAUUCAACAGCAGCAUCAUUCAGCAAUUCCCGUACCUAAAUACUUCGCAAAAUGUACUUAUAGUGAGUAACCGGUUGUGGGCUUCAACAAUCAACUAUCCGUACCAGAUAGUGCGGUCAUUUUACAAUGCCAUUUUAUCGCAGUACGAGACACAAGUUGUUGCGAACGUGGCUUCAGACGGAUUGAAUUUCGGAGCUUCCACGUUCGUGGAAACCGCAGGAUAUUUCUUCAGCAACUACGCGGUAGGAUGUUUCGUAACCGCGUUGGUGCUCAAUCGAAUCGUAUCGAUGUCUUCGUUACGUUCGCCCGCCGCAGUGGUGCAAUUGCCGUUGUGGUCGCGCGUUUUGUUCCACGGGACCGCAAUUGCCGCCCUUGUGUAUAAUUUGGGCACCACAAUACGACCUUCUGCCCAUCAGGAACCAAGUUCGUAUUUCGCUGUGACUUAUGCAAUCAUUUGCUUGUCACAUUGCAUCGAAACUUUCAUUACAACUACUUCGAACGCCAAACCUAUGGAGGAAUUCGACUACAGCAUUUUCGAACUUUCAAUGCAUUUCUACUCUCUGGCAAGAUCAGGCGCUGCGCGCCGAGACUACGUUCCAGAUUGUUUGAUGGCACUCCUGGGCCGUCUCAUCAUCCAUAUUGUCGAGAUACUAAGGAAAAGACAAUAUCGUUUGAUAGGUUCAUCCAUCAUAAACAUAUGCCAUCUAGGGUACCUGGGUUGGACUAUAUUUCACGAGGGAACUCCGUCAUUACCGCUUUUGGUGAAAUACCGUCAUAUACCCAAAACUAUGGCGCUAGCUUGUAUCGUUGUUUCUCUGGCGUGUUAUGGAUUGGGGUGUUUGGUGAGACUGAAUCCGUUUGGCAACAGCGGCGACACUUCUGCUUUACGCUUUCAUUCGUUUGUGAAAAACUGGUACAGCACUUUGAAUUGCACGGGCGAAGAAGAGUUCACCAGCACCUUGAUAAACUUUGCAGUUCUCAUAUGCAACUCUGCACAAACAGACCAAGCUGGACUUCAUCGCGAACUGUCCCAGCUAACACAUCAAAACGAGGUCAACCGGUCUUUUUUGAUCAGUGGAUACACUAACAACCAUCAGGCUGGAAUGAAGGAUUCCGAGAUGGCGUGGGCAACUGUUCAACCGGUAUGGCGCAGGAAAUGGGAUGCUAUGUGGCGAUUGGAAAAUGCAUUGAAAAAUAGAAUAAAGACGUUGCUUGUGGCACCUGUUGAUCAAAAAUCGAUACCGCAUCAAUCCAGAGCUCAAGGAAAAAAUCUCAAUGACUACCUGUCUGAUACCAACUACCCACAAUUUUUCGCAAGAGCGCCCGAUGUGAAUGCCACGAGUAAAAAUGUUCGUUCGACCGGUUCCAAAUACAUGCUGCCGGAGGACGACUGGUCAGCCGAUUACGUGGAUGAAGAUUCACUUUCGGACAGAAGUGACGAAGAUCUCGACCUGUUGGAUGAGGGCGAGGAACAAACGCAAUCUGCCGAGCUACAAUUGGGCAGUGAACUUACAGAUCUUCUACUUCCAACGGUAGCGGCCCCAAAUGACGCAGGCGAUCAAGACCCUCAAUGGCUGAUAUCCAUGUGGACCCUUCUACAGUACGAAACUCAUUGUGAUCGAAGACUUACAAGAUCGCAAUACGCACGAUUGAACGAAUCAAGAGUCCUACAAGAGGUAGUGGCAGAACGUUCUUUGAACGCCCAAAAAAGGGACGACACCAAUAAUUCCACUGAGCGCGAUCUAUCGUGUGUCGUUUGCAAGACCAACGUUCGCAACAUUGUCCUGUGGCCCUGCAAGUGUUUUGCCAUCUGCGAAGAAUGCCGUGUUUCUUUGGGCGCACGCGGGUUCAACACCUGUAUUUGUUGCAGAGCGCCCGUGAACGGCUACAGCAGGAUCAACUCGGUUUGA